GUAGUUACGAUUUGCCAUUCUUCUCACUUGCAGCAACAAGGAGUAAAUUUGCUAUUCAUACUUAUCUUUAGGUUUUGAAAAGCACAUAAAAAGAUCAGUGGCUUAAUUUUACUGUGAAAACUCUAUAAAUAAGGAAUCUUUGCCUUUUACUCAUAAACAAGCUAUAUCACUUGCAAUAAAUAUAAAAAGCUUUGAAUAUAAACUUAAGGACGUAAGCUACUACAAAUUGUUAUGGGACGAGCCGAAGCUGGUACUCCAAAGGCAAUUUCUAAUGCUCUGAAGAGCAAAGGUUUGCAGCGUUUACGCUGGUAUUGUACUGCUUGUCAAAAACAGAUGAGAGAUGAAAAUGGAUUUAAAUGUCAUACGCAAAGUGAAGGUCAUGUUCGACGAAUAUCUCUGAUUGCUGAGGACCCUGGUAAGCAUAUUCGAGAUUUCUCCAAUCAGUUUUUACAGGAUUUCGUUUCACUCCUUCGAACUACUCAUGGUGAGAAAAAAAUUCAAUUUAAUAAGUUUUACCAAGAAUAUAUUCGAGAUAAGAACCAUGUACACAUGAAUGCUACUCGCUGGCAUACUUUGUCGGAGUUCUGCAAGUUUUUGGGCCGGCAGAGCAUCUGUCGUGUGGAAGAAACGGAAAAGGGCUUUUUUAUAUCUUACAUUGAUAAAAAUCCUGAAGCUCUUCGUCGUUCUGAAGCUAAUCGGAAGAGAGAAAUUCAAGAAAAAUCCGAGGAAGAAACUCAUUUACGUUUAUUGAAUGAACAAAUUCAGCGAGCGAAAGAAGCUUACAACGUCCAGCAGAAAGAAGAAGAGAAGCGUCCAGUAAAUCAUGAACUACAGCGACCUGAAAAUCAAGGCAUUCAUUUGCAUUUGUCUUCAGCUCAUUCGUCGACUACUGAGAAGCCCUCUAUUAGUAGUAGUUCUUCGUCUGUUUCCUCCAAGCCACAAACCCCUACAGUGCCACCCUCUACAGCACUUUUUUCAAUGCCUUCUAAGCCAAGGUCAAAGAACGUUUUUGCCUCGUUGAACAGGCCUCAAAAAAAGCACUCAGAUAUUUCAGAAAAUAGUCCUAAAAAAGAUAAUAAUACUAAACGCCCUCGUUCAGCAAUGGAAGAAAUUAUAAUGCAGGAGACUGCGAGAGAAAAGCGAAGACAUGUGUCUACCUGAGGUUUAAAAAUUCGUGAUCUAUCAAUGGUGCUUACGAUCUAUAUUUAUUCUUUUACUUAAUGUAUAGUAGUUACUUUGUGUUUACUGAUAAUUUAUACCAUAUAUGGAAUAAAAAAUCGAGCAUAAUGUUCUAUAUGACAAAGUUCAAUUUAAAUCCCUGGGGGAAAGAGAAGUAUUAC